UCUAUAUAUUCUGCCAUUAACACCCACAGAAACCUCUUCCGCUUCUUAUCUGUUUCCUCCCCAUUGAUUUCACUUCUCCCUUAUCUCUUCCUCUGUUCCUCUCACUUCUUUUUGCACAUAUAAAUCUGCUCUCAGACUCAGACCCACCUUCUUCCAUUGAAAGUUCUGUCUUUUUGUCAAACACCUUUCAUGCAUACCUUGUUGUCUCUCAUGUUCGAGAUCCAUGUCUCCAGUACUCAUUGAAAUCCUCCUUUCUGGGUGUAUGAUCAACUCCACUCUCAGGCGCAGGACCCAUCUUGUUCAAUCAUUCUCUGUUGUCUUCCUCUACUGGUUCUACGUCUUUUCAUGAACUAGCUUGCCAUCCCUUGAUUAGUUUCUUCUGAUUCAAUAUAAAAUAACGUCAGAUCUUCAUCUGGGUCUUCUUCAAAUCGCUUUUUUUCUUCUUCAAUCAACUAAUCUCCAUCUGGGUCCUGGGCUUUGCACCAUAUUUUGUCUUCCUGUUUUAAUUUUGGUUAAUCAGUACUAUAUAAUUAUGGCUUCUUCCAGUGGGACAUCUUCAGGGUUUAGCACGCUGAGGAACUCAAGUUCAGAGGAGGAUCUGCAGCAGGUCAUGGACCAGAGAAAGCGCAAGAGAACACUCUCCAAUCGCGAGUCUGCUCGGAGGUCUCGACAGCGAAAGCAAAAACACCUUGACGAUCUGAUAGGCCAGGUGGGUCACUUGAGACAGGAUAAUAACCAGAUCUUGACGACCAUGGACAUGACUACUCAACUGUACCUCAACAUUGAAGCAGAAAACUCUGUUCUCAGGGCUCAAAUGGCUGAACUCACUCAAAGGUUGCAGUCUCUCAAUGAGAUCAUAAGUUUUGUGAACAUAAGCAAUGGACUUUUUGAGGCUGAAGAGAGUACUACUACUAGUCUUGAUGACCAGAUUGGCAGCUUUGAUUUCUUCAUGAAUCCUUGGAGUUCCUCUCUGUGUGUGUAAACCAACAGCCUAUUAUGUACUGAUUCAUGUAAUCCAUCUAUAUGUCUUUUAGUUUUUGCCCCGUUUGGUUGUCUAAUCUUGGUGAUGCACCCUUUAAUAAAAUAUAGUAUUGUAA